GUGCAUAUGGUUGUACAUUUGGUUCCCCCCGCGCCACUUAUAAAUCUCUUACAUCUUCAUCUCCUUCUUUGUUACCUUAAAACCCUUUUAUUUAUCAAUGGCUUCAUCUGUAUCAUUGUACGAGGUUCUUGGUGUACCAGUGAGUGCAAACGGUAAUGAAAUCAAGGCAGCUUAUAGAAGACUUGCGAGGACGUGGCACCCUGAUGUUGUGUCUGUAAAUCAGAAAGAAAUGUCUGCUGAUCGGUUCAUGAGAAUCCAUGCAGCGUAUUCCACGUUGUCGGAUCCUAAUCAACGUGCGGAUUAUGAUAGGAAUCUUAGACGGUGGAACCGUCCCUUUACGACUAUGGAAGCAACUGCGACGGCGGUGGGUUCCUAUGGGUUUUCUAGUUAUGGUGGUAAUAGGAAUUGGGAGACCGAUCAGUGCUGGUAGUUAAUUAUAAGUAUUUUUUUUAAUUAUUAAUGUAUUUUUCAUGUUCGUGGUCCAUGAAAAUCAAUCUUUUUAGAAUUUAUAUUUAUCUCUAUCUUACUUUUAUUCUUAAAAAUGUAAUACAUUUUAUCAUUGUACCUAACAUAAUCAUAAUUAGUGUCGUAUAUCAUUGUGACAA